AUGAAUACGGCUCGUGCAAAUGUGCAAGCGAUCAACUCGUUGAGCCAUUCUCCCCAACAGCGUCGAGACAUUGUUGGUCUUUAUACGAGUGCCUCAACACUGCACUUGCCUAAAAGACCGUCAAUUACGCAGAGUGUCUAUUCGAUUCGAAAUCCAUCAGUAGCACACCAAGUCAAUUCGGCUAGCAGCACAUCACGAACUAGUAGCGCUGCUAAAGACACUCAGCACUCAGUUCGUGAACUUCUACGAAUUGCUCGGUGA